GCCGGUUUGCAUCAGCUAGCUUUAGCCUUUAGCAGACGCCUGGAACGAUAUGUUUACUUUCACUUCCGGGUCACGUGCUUUCUUAACGUAGUUCUUCAAAACGGAAAAUGAAAAAAGGAAUUUGCAAAAACCUAAAUUGGACGGUUAUUUGAAUUUGCUUUGUUUUUUAAAAAAAAAACCCAAACAUUCUUCGCUUUUUGGUUCAAACGAAAAAACAAACUAUCAAAACGCACACGGACCGAAGAGAUUUUUUUUCUCCCAGUCCUAAUGAAAAUAGGUAACUCUGGUCCACACUCCAGCGUAGCAGGUGGCAGUACACCAACGCUAUUCGAAGAAGAAGAAGAAGAAGAAGAAGAAGAAGAAGAAGAAGAAGAAGAAGAAGAAGAAGAAGAAGAAGAAGAAGAAGAAGAAGAAGAAGAAGAAGAAGAAGAACAACAACCCGGUUGCCUAGCGACCAGUGGAAAUGUAGCGUCAGCUAGCUAGCUAGCUAGCUAGGUGAUCUGCUAACACAUGUAUUAUGCCCCAUAAAACAGCGUAUAAAUGCCACCAAAAAGAAAAGGACCAUUGCAACUUGUCCAGAGAGAAGUGGACGAAAUAAAAAAACAGGUUGACAGUCUGGUGAAGGAUGUGCAGAGUCAGGAUGGAUCCACUGAAGAGGCAUUUCGGAGAUGUCAAGAACUGCAGAUGUCGACAGAGAAGACACUAAGGACGCUGAAGAAACUGACCAAGGCGGAUGAGCUGGCUCCGGUGGGGAGCUAUGAUGAGCGGAAGCAGGAAGAGGAGAGACGACUGCAGAACAUCUUGGAGCGUGUAAACACCCUCUCUCUGGAGCUUUCACCACCAGGACCCAGUACUGCUGCAGGGGAUGUGUCAAAGCAAGAUAGUGAGGAUGAUGAUGAUGACGAAGACAGUAACGAUGAUGAUGUUGACAGUGAUGAAGAUGAAAAGCGAACUGCGAAACCGACCUCUCUGUCAGACCCUCACAUCUACACAGUCCUCAGUGAUUUCAAAGGAGAACAGGAGGGAGAUCUGUCUGUUCAGAGGGGGCAGGUAUUGAGGAUUAUCAGGACGACAGCAGAUGGAUGGUGGCUGGCUCAGGACACUAAAGGCAACAGAGGAGUGGUUCCAAAAACCUACCUGAAGAUUGGCUCUGGUGUUGAUGAUGAUGAUGAAGAUGAUGAAGAUGACGAAGAUGACAGCGGCGAUGAAAAGGACGACGAUGAUGAAAAUGAGGAGGAGAAGGAAGAGCAAGAUGGUGAAGAACUGACUGAUGACAGAGAGAAACAGAGCGGCACUUCACAUUCCAACUGGUGUACUGUCAGAAAGGCGUUGACUGAGAUUGAUGCAACAGAUGUGCUCUCUGCCAUGGGAGCUAUACCUUCAGGAUUCAGACCAUCAACUCUCAAUAAACUGCUGGUGGAGGAAGGUGUAACAUACAGAGGAAGUCACUAUAUUCAGCCUGAGCUCAGCCAAUCACAACUCUCCUUUAGUGACCUCUUCCUGGACCCAGACACUGGCAGGGUCCGUGCUCGGCAGGUCAGGUCUUGUGUUUGUUUCACUUUAUGGAGCUGCAGGAUGAUUCCUACUCCUGGGGUUGGAGUUCAGGUGCUCAGCAGACACAUCCGCCUCUGUGCCUUUGAUGGAACUCAGGUGUUGAGUAACAUCCACACAGUGAGGGCAACGUACAACUUCAAGAGCCCCAAGACCUGGAGCUUCUCUCCAAGGAUGACAGGUAUCUUACCCACCCUGCUAGAUGGAGAAUGUUUCCUACGCUGCAACUCUGCAUCUCCUGACCUCGGCAUCCUCUUUGAACUGGGAGUCACUUUUAUACGGAACUCCACAGGUGAGAGAGGAGACCUGAGCUGUGGCUGGGCUUUCCUCAAACUGACCGAUGACACUGGAAAUCCACUCCCCAACAGGACCUAUGAGCUGCCAGUGAACGGUGGCACUCCUUACGAGAAGGAUGUUGCGGUGGAGGCAUCAGUCACUAGAGGAUCUCCAGCUGGUGUUUUCCAGCAGAUGCUUCAGGCCAGGCGGCAGCCAAAACUGAUCGUAAAGUUGAAAUCAGCCAACAGCCGGACCAGAACGCAACUCAGUCUCCUUCCAGACACUCUGCUGCACUGUCUGAGCUGCGUCCACCUGCUGGCUUUACACAGGCAGCUGCUAGCUGACACACUACUGAUGGACAGGCCUACCAUGCAGAAUGCAGAUCUGAUAUGUAGUCCUAUUCUUUCUACCUUCCCUGUGCUGUUGGACCAGCCAGACGUGCUGGAUGCUCUCAGGAGUGCCUGGCUGGAUGCUGAAACCAACAUGAGCAGAGCGCAAAAGAGAAACUUGUUCUAUGUAAAACAGGAAUUUGUUAAAGUCUACAUGUCAUCCGUCUAUUUCCUCCUCCACUCGCCCUCACUGCCCUGUCAUCGCUGGGCGGACCCGCCCUCAGAGGAGCAGCGGGCCAGAGUCAUCUACGCCACCCUGGAUUCUCUCAAACACACCCAGCACACCACCGGCCAAUCUGGAGGCCCAGAGGUCUUUGUCGACCCCAUGCAUCAGCAUCUUGCCUUUGAUGUCACAGAGUUGACCUUUGACCUCCUCCGUGUGGCACGGUAACAGUAACAUUACAUCACUCAGAGGGAAGGUACAAUUUGAAGUUGAUUAUGUUUUUUUAAUGUAAAAAAUGUAAGUGUAUUGUAGACAUAAGUUUGGUUUAUUAAAAAGAUUAACACCUUAAAUGUGCCGUAAAUACAUUUUGGAACAUUUAAAAAUAAAUGUAAACUUAAAGGAUAAGUCUGGUGAUAUUCUAUAUUUUGUUAUUGUCAAUAAUACCCAUGAAAAGACAAAAAACAAAAAUGUUUUAGUCCAUUUCUCAAUCACAAAGCCCAUUGUUGCCCAUUGAAUUUUAAAAAUUUUCCAAAAUAUCUAGACACUGGGUUGUUAGCAAACAUUACUCAAAUAGGAGUAAAUACUGUAUUUGUUGGGGACUAUUUUCAGCUGUGGAUUAAUACACAUUUGGUGUUCUAGUUUACAGCAGCAGGACCCUGUAUGUGGGAUUGACUAAAGAAUAAACUACAGUACCCGUGUUUAUUGUAAUGAAGGAACAUGUCACCGAGUGCAACAGUGUGGCUCACAGAUGUUUUUUAAAUCUGGACAAUUUUUGGACAACAAUGGAGGUCUAUGGCACAGAGGAAUGAAUUAUAUCAGGCUUUGGAUACAGUACUGGAUGAAUACUUAGUUUUGGCCUUUUGUUGGGUUUUUUUGACAACAGCAAUAAUAUAGAUUUAUCCUUUAAGUAAAUGUGGGAGACCAUAACCGCCAACAGACUCCUUGCCUCUACUCUGCAUUGUAACAGAAAAUUAAGUGGUCUCAUUUUUGAGAAAUACUAACACAUACAUAACAUACAGCACUUACACAAUUACAUCUUUGUUUACCUUGUGAUUACAUGAGAUACUGAUUAUGGCUAUUGAGCCUGUUAAUUGCGAAGGUGUGAAAUAAAAUGUUAAGCAAAUGUGGACACUGCUAACAUUAUUCUCUUAUCAAAGAUCCCUCUUUAAUCGAAUCAUGGAGUUCACUCUGCUCUUCUUAAAGUACAGUAACUAAAACAGGUUACAGUAAUAAGGGAGGAAACCUUUAUGAGACCAAAACAGAUUUCUGUAAUAAUAGAGCCAAUAGUGACAUUAUUAACAUAUUUUGAUACUGCUAUUUAUUGCCAAAUUGUGUUGUAUUUUUUAAUAAACAUUAUUAAAAUUGUU